GUAUGCAGAGUCCUGAUAUUAUCAUGAUUGGCGUACAAGAAAUUGUGGAUCUCGGCUCAAAGACAUUGACGGCGAGUAAGUUUCAUGGUACUGUAUUCUUUCUUCUUCUUCUUAUAUAUUGUCAGAAUCAUUACUUUCGAUCAGUAAAAAGAUUGAGACCAUUGAAGAAGCAGAUGAACUCUUGACGCAUCGCUAUAUGCUUUGGUAUGAUUAUUUCAAAAGUGCGAUCAACACCAAUUUCGGCGAAAACAGUUACAAGAUCAUCAAGACAGACCAGCUUGUCGGUCUAUUCACUUGUUUGUUUGUCAAGACAGAAAUUGAACCACGUAUCCAUCAAUGCGAUUCCACUGUAGUCAAGACUGGAUUUCGGGUCAUGAACAAGAGUCUUCAUGGCAAUAAAGGAGGGAUUGUGGUCCGACUGUUGAUUGACGAUACAUCCCUUUGUUUUAUCAAUUGCCAUUUAGCUGCUGGGCAGUGUAACUUACUUUCACGAAACGCAGAUAUGGACGGUAUCUUGCAUUCGGCUCAAUUUUCAGCAUGUAUAGCGACCGAUCAAGAAGGGUUUCCUGACCCAUUUCUUCAACAGGUCGUGUUCAAGAACCAUUCUGACGGAAGUCAUGUCUUGGAUCAUGAAACUUGUUUCUUUAGUGGUGAUUUAAAUUAUCGCGUUGAGUUGCCUCGAGAAGAUGUCUUGAAAUCAAUCGAGACACAUCCAAAACUUGAGGCUUGGGAGACACUUCAACAAUACGAUCAACUCAAACAACAGCAGGCCACCAAUCCCAUGUUUCGUUGCUUGGGGUUUAAAGAAGCGCCUAUUUUGUUUGAUCCGACAUACAAGUAUGAACGAGGCACUGAAGAGUACGACACGUCUGAAAAGAAACGAGUGCCUGCUUGGUGUGAUCGUAUUCUGUAUAGAGCACCUGCGAAUGUGACAAAUGUCUACUAUCGUCGUCACGAGGUGAAGGCAUCCGACCAUCGUCCUGUAAGUGCUGGGUUUACCUUUCCUGUCAAGACAAUCGAUCAUGCUCAGAUGAACAAGGCAAAAGAACAACUUCAAGUAGAAUGGAAACUGCAGGUGUUUAAGCAUACACAAGAAGCAAAAGUGCGGUUUGUGAUGCAUUAUGAUUUGUGCGACGAAAAAGAGGCAUGGGAUCGAUUAGAUAAAUCUGAAUGGGAUGCAGAAAAAGUAGUGAUGGAUUUGUACCGCGACAAAGGUGCUUGUAUUGCUUAAUAAUAAUAAAAAGAAACUCUUUAUGAAUACUGGUUUUAUAAUCACUCG